AUGGCUGGGUUUCUUACGUGGUUGUGGAGGUAUAGGAAUUACAUUGUGAUAGUCCUGACACCUCUUUUACUUCUGCCUCUGCCCCUCGUCAUCCCGACCCUGCAGGCAAAAUGUGGCUUUGUAAUAAUCCUCAUGGCUCUGUACUGGUGUACAGAGUGUAUCCCUCUGGCGGUGACGGCCCUACUGCCGGUCAUUCUCUUCCCCAUGAUGGGCAUCAUGGAAUCAAGCGAGGUUUGUAUUCAGUACCUGAAGGACUCCAACAUGCUCUUUAUUGGUGGGCUGCUGGUGGCCAUCGCUGUCGAGCACUGGAACCUGCACAGGAGGAUCGCCCUUCAAGUGCUGCUUAUCGUGGGGGUGAAGCCAUCUCUCCUGAUGAUCGGUUUCAUGGGCACCACAGCCUUUCUGUCCAUGUGGAUCAGCAACACGGCCUCCACAGCCAUGAUGCUGCCCAUCGCCAACGCUGUGCUGCAGCAGCUCUGUGACACAGAGGCCAACGCUGAAGAGAGGGAUUAUAACCUGUCUGCUGCAACGGAUGGUCAGGAUAACCAGGCAUUUGAGAUGGGUGACACCAAAGAGAGCAAAGAGCUUAAACUAAAGGACAGCACCAUCAGCAUGGGUGAGUGUGACAGUCUGGACUCUGUCCCCCCAGAGGUUUGUGACAGGAGUCCAGAGGCCGAGCAGCGCAGACUGAAGAGGGAGCAGAAGUAUCUGAAGCUGACGAAAGGCAUGAGCCUUAGUGUUUGUUACGCAGCGAGCAUCGGUGGGACGGCCACCCUCACUGGAACCACACCCAAUGUCAUCCUGAAAGGACAGAUUGAUGAACUCUUCCCAGAAAAUGGAGGCAUAAUCAACUUUGCAAGCUGGUUUGGCUUCUCAUUCCCCAACAUGGUGCUGAUGCUUGUCUUGUCUUGGUUGUGGCUUCAGUUUAUGUUUUUGGGCUUCAACUUCAAAAAGUCCUUUGGAUGUGGCACAAAGAAAGAUAGUGACAGGGAGGCAUACCAGGUAAUCAAAGAUGAGUUCAAAAAGUUGGGCAGGAUGUGCUUCGCCGAGGGUUGCGUACUGACUAUCUUCACGUUGCUGGUUCUUCUCUGGUUUACCAGGGAGCCUGGGUUCAUACCCGGCUGGGCCACUGUGCUCUUCAACAAAGACAAACCGUACGUCACAGACGGCACCGUGGCCAUAUUAAUGUCAUCACUCUUCUUCUGCAUCCCGUCCAAGUUGCCCAGAUGCUGUGGGAGGUCCGAGGAUGGUGCUCCUGCUGAAGCCCCUUCACCUCUUCUUAAUUGGGACAUCGUCCAUGAAAAGAUGCCUUGGAACAUUCUUUUGCUUCUGGGAGGAGGUUUUGCAUUGGCACACGGAAGUGAGAAAUCUGGACUUUCGAUGUGGCUGGGGGAAAGUCUGAUACCGCUGCAGAGCAUCCCUCCUUUUGCCAUCUCCAUCCUGCUGUGUCUAAUGGUGGCAAUGUUCACCGAAUGUUCCAGCAACACUGCCACCACCACAUUGUUUUUGCCUAUACUGGCCUCUAUGGCAACCGCUAUCAAGAUACACCCACUGUACGUUAUGUUUCCCUGCACCAUAUCUGCCUCGCUGGCCUUCAUGCUGCCUGUAGCCACUCCACCCAACGCCAUCGCCUUCUCCUACGGCAACCUGAAAGUCAUGGACAUGGCCAGAGCUGGAUUCAUCCUGAACUUUGUUGGAGUCUUAACCAUCAACAUUGCCAUUAACACGUGGGGUGUGCCCAUGUUCCAGCUGAAUACCUUUCCCAGUUGGGCUAAUGUCACCAAAACUCCUUGA